AUGGACACAGAAUUCUUGAGAUUUAAAUUUGAAGACAGCCAUGAUGGUGUUAUUACUAAAACAAAAUUCAAAAUCGGCAUACGACAUAUACAAAUCAUUUAUAUGUUCAUGUGUUCGGUUGUUAUGGGCGCGAUGAGGGGGAGUACUGGAGUGGGAAUAUUAGCCAUAUCCGAUAUGGAUCAUAAUAGUUCCUAUAUUGAGAUGCAUAAUUGGAGUCAACGAAUCCAAGGAAUAAUAUUAUCGUCAUACUUCUUCGGUUACGCACUUUUUUUGAUACCAGCUGAGGUUUAUUUGGCCCAAUUUGGCGAGAAAUUAGUUUUGACGGCUGUCUUACUUAUAAAUGGAUCUAUGUCUGCUGCAAUGCCUACGAUUGUCAAUAAGGGUGGAUGGAUUGCAACGUGCAACGCCCAAUUUCUUUUGGGAAUGACUCAAGCUUGUAUUACGCCAGUGAACCAGAAGUUAAUCACAAAUUGGUUACCACCACAUGAGAGGUCGACAUUUAACUGUAUAGUUCAAGGAGGUCUCAUUUUAGGCAUCAUUAUAGGCCUACCAAUAUCGGGAUUAAUAACCGAGGCCAGACUGGGUUGGGAGCUGGUUUUCUAUUCCCAAGCAAUGAUGACCUUCUCCAUGGCUGUUAUUUGGGGUCUUCUUACUGCCAGCAGACCAGAUAAACAUAAGGCUGUUGGUGAUUGGGAAAGCGAAUUUAUUAAGGAAACAUCAAAAUUUUAUCGUAAGAAAACUUUAAAGAACCCUUGGCGGCGUGUUUUGAGAACACGACAAUUUUGGGCCAUCGCCGGCUCCCACGCUGUAUCCAACGCCAUUUUUAUUUUCUUCCUCGUCAACAUUCCUGCUUAUUUGAAGGGUUUUCAACUGCCCUUGUACGAGGUAACUUUCCAAGUAAUGCUGGCUUUUGCAUCGCUAUGUCUGGUGUACAUUUUAACGGCACCUUCUCUGGACUGGGCUUAUCGUAUUGGGAUCGUAGACCACUUCUUCGAUAUCAGAUACCUUAGAAAACUUGUCAACGGAUUAGGUAUGAUAGGUUUGGUUACUGGCCUAAUACUAAUACCAAAUUCCAUUCCUGGAAACCAAUGGACUGUAUUUCUUAUGAUGAUAACCUUGAGCUCACUUAGUCUACAGUAUUCUGGAUUUCUUGAAAACCAUAAAGAUAUGAGCCAGAACUUUUCGGGAACAUUACUAGUUAUGACGAGCGCUGUCGCAGGCGUUGUUGGUGCCUUGGUGCCAUUGAUGACUGGAAUGAUUGUUGUCGAUGUAACGGAUCAAACAUGUUGGAGAAUAAUGUACUUUAUUCUGGCUGCUCUUGUCAUGGUGUCUGGAAUCUUUUACACCGCCUUCGGCGAAAGUGACCGACAGUUUUGGGAUGACGGUCCGAAAAUUAAAUAUGGAUACACUAAUGAGACAACCAAUUUAGAGUUAGAUGAAUUCGAAUCAAAUAUAUGA